GCGACGGAGGCGCCGAUGCCAGGUGGCAUUCAGCUACCUGCCCCAGAAUGACGAUGAACUUGAGCUGAAAGUUGGUGACAUCAUAGAGGUAGUAGGAGAGGUAGAGGAAGGAUGGUGGGAAGGCGUCCUCAAUGGGAAGACUGGAAUGUUUCCCUCCAACUUCAUCAAGGAGCUGUCAGGGGAGUCGGAUGAGCUUGGCAUUUCGCAGGAUGAGCAGCUAUCCAAGUCAAGAAAGACUACCUUUGAAGGGACAAUUCUGUACCGAGCUGCACCGGGAAAGAUGGAGGGCCACAGACGCUAUUACAGUUUAAGGGAAACCACAGGCUCCGAGAGUGAUGGGGGUGACUCAAGCAGCACCAAGUCCGAAGGUGCCAACGGGACAGUGGCAACUGCAGCAAUCCAGCCCAAGAAAGUUAAGGGAGUGGGCUUUGGUGAUAUUUUCAAAGACAAGCCAAUCAAACUGAGACCAAGGUCAAUUGAAGUAGAAAAUGACUUUCUGCCGGUGGAAAAGACUAUUGGGAAGAAGUUACCUCCAACUACAGCAACUCCAGAUUCAUCAAAAACAGAAAUGGACAGCAGGACAAAGAGCAAGGAUUACUGCAAAGUAAUAUUUCCAUAUGAGGCGCAGAAUGAUGAUGAAUUGACAAUCAAAGAAGGAGAUAUAGUCACUCUCAUCAACAAGGACUGCAUCGAUGUAGGCUGGUGGGAAGGAGAGCUCAAUGGCAGACGAGGAGUAUUCCCCGACAACUUCGUGAAGCUACUUCCACCAGACUUUGAAAAGGAGGGAAGCAGACCGAAGAAGCCACCUCCUCCAUCCGCUCCUGUCAUCAAACAAGGGGCAGGUACCACUGAGAGAAAACAUGAAAUUAAAAAGAUACCUCCUGAAAGACCAGAAACACUUCCAAACAGAACUGAAGAAAAAGAAAGACCAGAGAGAGAGCCAAAACUGGAUUUACAGAAGCCCUCCGUUCCUGCCAUACCACCAAAAAAGCCUCGGCCUCCUAAGACCAAUUCUCUCAACAGACCUGGCGCACUGCCCCCGAGAAGGCCUGAGCGACCAGUGGGUCCGCUGACACACACCAGGGGUGACAUUCCAAAGAUUGACUUGGCGGGCAGUUCACUAUCCAGCAUCUUGGACAAGGAUCUCUCGGACCGCAGCAAUGACAUCGACCUAGAAGGUUUUGACUCCGUGGUGUCAUCUACUGAGAAACUCAGUCACCCAACCACAAGCAGACCAAAAGCUACCGGGAGGCGGCCUCCAUCCCAGUCUCUCACAUCCUCCUCUCUUUCAAGCCCUGAUAUCUUCGACUCCCCAAGUCCCGAAGAAGAUAAGGAGGAACAUAUUUCGCUUGUGCACAGAGGAGUGGACGCGUCAAAGAAAACUUCAAAGACUGUUACCAUAUCCCAAGUGUCCGACAACAAAGCAUCCCUGCCGCCCAAGCCGGGGACCAUGGCAGCAGGCAGCAGUGGGCCAGCCUCUCUGUCCUCAGUGGCGCCCCCCUCCCUGCCAUCCUCUUUGGGAACAGCUGGACACAGAGCCAACUCCCCAUCUCUGUUCGGCACUGAAGGAAAACCAAAGAUGGAGCCUGCAGCCAGCAGCCAGGCGGCCGUGGAGGAGCUAAGGACACAGGUCCGCGAGCUGAGGAGCAUCAUCGAGACCAUGAAGGACCAGCAGAAACGAGAGAUUAAGCAGUUAUUGUCAGAGUUGGAUGAAGAGAAGAAAAUCCGGCUUCGGUUGCAGAUGGAAGUGAAUGACAUAAAGAAAGCUCUUCAAUCAAAGUGAAUACUUGAUAAAUGAAAUGUCACAUUAUUCAUCCUGAGUCUGAGACUCAAAUUUUCUGCCCCAGCCAAAAUAAUCUUGUGCCAAAAGAUUAAAGGUUUGCCUCAACAUGUCCCUGUUUGAAAGAUUAGCACAAAAGUCUUGAUAGCACAACACAAAUUCCAUCCAAGAGGAGAAUCUUCCCCGUGGUAUAGUCCUGGGGCUGGCACUGGUUGUGACUUACACAGAGCAAAUUGUGCUAAAGGCUUUUCUACUUUGAGAUCUCAUGCGAAACGAAAACUCAGGCAGUUUAGUCCAUAGUGGUACUAUUUUGAUGAUAUUUUCCAUUAAUAAAAUGUAAUUUCCAAUUAUUCGUUUACAAGCUUUAUAAUUUUAUGAUUUUGUAAUCGUGUUUUGUCACAGAUUUCCCCUAGUGUUUGUACUACACGUAGUCAGAAGCGAGCAUCCCGUUCUUUUGCUUUAGGCUGAGAGCUGUCUCGCUUUGUGUUCCCCUUUAGGAUUCUAUUACAUAUGCAAUUUUAGGUCCAACCUGUCCCUUUCCCUGCCAGCAAACCCCACCACCCUAAGAGAAAUAUUAGCUUAUAUAUGAUGGUAUAUUUACAAAAAGAGAAAGAGAAAAUCUGGUAUUUGCAAUGAUCUGUGCCUUCUUUUUACCACCCUCUUGAUUGGAGCUUUUGUGAUGCAGCUACCAUGAUUCAAAAAAAUAAAAAAAAAUUUUAAAAAUCUACCACUUAUCUAAGUCCACUAGAGGCCACUAUCUUCAAAGCUUCUCUCACCCUAGCCAAAGGUCAAAAGAGGAGACAGCUGUGAAGCCAGGAGUGUUCUGUGGUACCAGCUGUGACUUUUAAGUUUCUCCUAGUUUUAGGUUGUUCAUGAAAUUAGAAACGUCAUCCCUGCUUGAUUUUUCAUCAGCCAAGUUAAACCCCUGCUUCCUGUCCUUUGCACCUUUUGCGUGAACAGAAUAUGCAUUAUUAAAGCAAAAAUAAAUAAAAGUAAAAUGCAAAUUAAAACAAGGGGGGGAAAGUUGUAUUAUUUCCUGCACUGGGUUAUCCGUGUGUGUUAUUGUUUAAACUGUAUUCACACAGUGUCAUUUGCCUUGCUCACUUGUAACCCCUUCCUCUGGCCCAAGAGAAUGGGAGGAGGGUCUUGUUGAAGUGUAGCCAUUGGAUCUCUCUUGCAUUUAUGGAAUUGCUUUUUCCUUCCCGAGGAAACUGAUGUUUGCUUGUCUGCUUUAUCUUUGUAGCACAUGAACAGUUCAGCCUUAGCCUAUGUAACUGUUUUCUCAUCCUUAGCUGAAAAUAAAGGGCAUACUGUAUUGCAAGAUUGUUCAGGGGGUAGAGGUGGAGGAGGUGGUCCCUUAAUGGCCCCUGAAGAUGUCUGAUGUGUUUCUCAAAAGCUGCUUUGUCUAUUUCUUGAGUUUUACAGUGAAACUACUAAAUAUGAAUAGAUUUGCACAACUACAAAGAAUGAGAAUUGAUAACACUGAAGGAGUGAUGCAAAACAAAUCACCAUAUGUUAUUGAUCAUUGAUAGUAUUACAAAUAAAUGUCUCUUCCUCUCUCCCUUCCCCUGCCUUCCUCUUGCUUACGUGCUCAUCCUUGCUGCUUGAGGCUGUCACUUCCCUCUGAGUAUUUACAGAGCCCUAACACCCAGGUCUUCCUGGGGUGGGCACAGUUAAGGGAAGGGAGUACGUAAAGAAGGAAACCUCACACCCUUCAUUCCCAUGUCUGGAUAUAUUGCCUUGUCAGCAGCCUUGGGCUCAUUGUGCUUGGGACCAGGAGUGCCAGGUUUCCAAGGGCAGCAAAGAACAUCCCUAAACCCCUUGGCUGCUGUAAGCAUUUCUGCGUGAAACUUGAAGAUUUCAGAGACUUCCCACCACCUAAUAAGAUACAUAUGAAGAUUGGUUUGUUUGAUGUUUGAAUUUCUCACUUACUCGUCAUGAAAAUCUCUAAUAAUAUAGUUUUAUAUAAUGUGUAUUCAGAGUAGGAUUGUUAAUAACUGAAUUGAGAGGCUGGAGUGCCCUCAUGGGGCACUGGCAACAUGGAAUGUAGAGGGCUGAUAUCUUCCCCUCACAGAGGCCAUUGGCUUCCUUUGUAUAAGGAGAGGGAGAAGCGAUUCUAGAGGGAGAAGUUGGCAUGCCCAGCUUCAUUACUGCCCUUUGGGCUAACCAGCAAGAGGAUUCUGCAUCAUGGAACCGAAUGAGCCAUUACCCCAACAGCCACCAUCUUUACUCCUUACAAAAUGGACCCAUCAAGAAUAUUGAAAAGCUUGGAAGUAUCACUUUUGAAAAAAUUCUUUUGCAUUCAGCAUGGACUCGACCAGGCAUCUAUGGAGAUUAUUUUUUUGCUUCAUUUUCUAAAGUUGUAUUUAGAAAAGUCUUAAGUAUUGUGCUUUGUAAAGAAGAUGAUUAAAAUGAAAUUUUGUGAAAAUA